UCAAGGCGCGAAUCCGUGGUCGCAUGGAGCCCUUGGCUGUCAAGAUCGUAAGCCGCCAGCCUGCGUUUAUCUUCCUCGUGGAGCUCUCAGACAAUCAUGCAUGUUCUGACCAGGAGUGCCUCACAGUUCCAUUUCAACCACCGUCCACCGCCGCUUUACAUUCUGCCGGACGGUCGACCGAUGGGGGAGAGGUACUGGGCUUUUGAGCGUGAAUGCAUCAAUUGUUCCCUCUUGGAAAUGAUCAACGCCAGCAUGACCAAAGCGGCGGCUGCAGGGCGACAGAUAUACAUCCACCCGAGGCCAACGACCUUGUCGCACGCACGAAACAACCUCCGGGCGUUCUCGGACGAAGCGGUAACACGGCCACAACCACCAGGCUUUAUCCCUGUCAACAGUAACGUGCAACUAGUUGACUGUCUAGGCUGGACCGAAUUCAAGGGUAGCGAGAUCAAUGCCCAAUUCAAGCGUGCUCGCGUGUUCGACCGGGAGUGCAAGGUUGACGGCGAGACGUACCCGGCCAUCGUGUACCAGUUCGUGGCCGACGACUCUGUCCCAGAAGUCAACACCAUCCUUGACCAGCUCGACUUCUUCCACGCGACUGGCUUCGUGACUGUCAUGUUCAAAGGGGACAACUGGGCCGGCAAGGGAAUGCUCGUGGACUUCUCCGACAUCGUCUCCUAUCAUACCGGCUUCUUGUGGUGGCGGCCUUCCCACUACGCAGCGCUAGCGGUAGGCUUUCGCGAAGUAGUGGAGGAUGCCGCACGGAACGGCUUGCUGGGCCCACGGCCGAAGGUGAUCGAGCGCUCGCGCACACCUCCGCAUUUGCGGAGGCAUGCAACGAGAGCCAGGACUUCUACUCGGGAUAUUCCUCCUCCACCCCCGCCGCCGCCCCGCAUCCCUUUGCCGGAAGGUGAUUUCGAGUCUCGGGGCGAAGAGUUACUAGAAGACAAGCCCAGCGAACCGAAGCCGGCUGUUCCUUUGGACGCCAGGCCGAUACCACAAAGCAGCCCUUCCAGCAUGGGAGAAGCGAGGUGGGGAGGAAGUAGGUGCCCUGGCUAAGGUGUUGCCUUCAUGAACGGGACUGCUUUGCUCGAAAGACAGGCUGCGGCUUUUGGGCCGCCAUGUCCGGGCCGGCCCAUCGAUCCACAUGCGAGCGUCGGUGUCGCAUGAACGCGCUCUCAAUCGUGAUACCAAACACAAGAUUCCUGUUUAGAAUUAAAGCAUUUCGACACUUGUUUAGAAUGAUGUGUGCCCGUGAUCAUGCGCUGUUCAAGUCGAGGAGUGCCUGCUCCUAUUCUCCUCAACCAAUGGUUUAACCGUCUUCAGGAUAUGCUUA